AUGUCGUACUCGGAAGCAUCUGGGCUUAUCUUCACAUAUCGCAUAAGGCUUGCUAGUGCAUAUGCCACAGCGUCGGCUUCCACUCUAUGGAUAACAGACCUUAUGUAUACGUUCCCACGAGAGGUCGAUAUGCUAUUGUCAGGAAAGACCAGCAUCACCUCGGUCCUCUUCCUCAUCAACCGAUACUCGUUCUUGGGCUUCAUACUUGGGCAACUGAUCUCUAUAGUCCCGGGCACUAUGUCUAACAAAUCAUGCAUCCCCCUUGGUUUAGUGACCAUCAUUCUACAAAUAAUUUCUAUAACCACCACGAAUGCCCUAUUUGCUCUUAGGGUGUACGUCAUCUACGGCAAGAGCAGGCUUAUAUUGUGGACAUCCGUGGCGCUAAUCUUCCCGCGCAUUGGGUUGGCUGUAUUUCAAGCAAUGGUUGAGGCGAGUCAUUCUACCGAGCAAUCGCUGCUUCGUGCGUAUGGGCAAUGUGUUGUUAGUACGAAAGUUGCAGAUGUGCGGGUGUUAAAUAAAGCACAAGUUGCCGUUCCGAUCCUGGUAUCGGCUUUCGACCUGUUUAUACUUAUACUUACGCUGCGGAAGACCUAUCGGGAUGCCCUUCAAAUGAAGAGUUUUGGGUUAGGGAACAUAAGCCUUACGGUGCUUUUGAAGAGGGACGGCAUCCUGUACUUCUCGGUCGCUUUAGCCAUCGGUCUGGCAUGCACGGGUUCUGCUAUCGCUUCACUUAUUCCAGGAAUCUCCGUGGCGAACCAAAACUUCGACACUAUAACAGGACCUUUCUUUGCCGUGCUUCCGAACAUGCUGAGCAGCCACCUCGUACUCAAUUUACGCAUGCACCUGCAUGAUUCGCCCACGCAAUCGCAACUGGUGCGAGAAAGCUUUCUUGGGAAUAUUGGGGGCUCAGUAGGGACCACCGAAUUGAACUCUCCCCUCAAAGAAAUGCCAAUUGACACACCGCAGAGCAGUCUCGACGGAGCCGUGGUCGGUUAUAUUUACCUUGCACCUACGUGA